CUUUUUCCACUUUCUUUUCCUCUCAUUGUCCUCUCUGUCUUUCAUCUUCACUUCUAUUGGAGAUUCAAGUUGAUAAAGCCAAACAGAUUCCUUCAACUUCAGCAUGAGUCUACUGGGUAUUCUCAAAUUUGCGCUGAAAUUCCUUCACGUUCUUGCAUGGCCUCUCUUUGCUUUGGGGUAUCCUCUAUGUGCUUCGAUCCGGGCAAUUGAGAGUAAUUCAAAUUGGGAGACUCAGAAGUUGGUCACAUAUUGGAUUUCCUUCUCUUUGGUUUCACUCUUUGAGCAUUCUUUCGUGAACCUCCUUGAAUGGAUACAGUUCUGGCCUCAUAUUAAGUUAAUGAUCAUCUGCUUGCUGGUUAUACCUUACUUUGAUGGUUCCUUUUACGUCUAUAAUCACCUUGUUCGUCCAUGCCUCUUUAUCAACCCCCAAGUUAUUGUUGAUAAAUUCAAAAAGUGGAUGGUGCUCUUACACAAGAGAGAUCACUUUCUAGCUGAGGCAGAGAGAUAUAUCAAAGAGAAUGGACCUGAAGCUCUUGAGAAACUCAUUGCUAAUGAGCUUAAGACCAGAAAGCCUAAUGUUGAUGUGGAAGAGAUCAAAGCUUUUGCAGCUACAGAAAAGAAAGAAGUGGAGUGGUCACCCAACAAAGAACCUGAUACUAUGCAGAAGGAUAAUGAAGCUGUGGAAGUAAUAGAGAAGAAGGAAGUGCCCGCAGUCAAGCAGAUGGUUCAAGCAGAGCCUAGCCUUGAUCAGACUGAUAACAGAACAUCAGCCACUACGGAGAUUAUAGGACCAGCUGUGGCAGUUGCAGCAGCCAGAGAAGUUCCUGUUAUACACGUGUCUAAGGAAGUCCAGAAAGAGUGGACUUGUGAUAUCUGUCAGUUAACCACUACAAGCGAAAAAACUAUGAAUAUACACCUUCAAGGGAAGAAACACAAGGCUACUUAUGAGGCGGUGAAAGCAAAGAACCAGCCAAACAUUGUCCCAGCUUCAACUGCAAAGAAAACUUGUCAGCCAAUUGAGAAGCCACAAAAGAUAGAAUCCACAAACGGAUUAAAAGGAAGCACUAUUACAAAUCAUGACGAAAAAGGGCAAGGCCAGUCAAAGAGUGUCUCGUCUUCAACUGCAAAGGAAUCUGAUCAUCCCACAAAAGAGUCACCCAGCAAAGAACCUGAUACUAUGCAGAAGGAUAAUGAAGCUGUGGAAGUAAUAGAGAAGAAGGAAGUGCCCGCAGUCAAGCAGAUGGUUCAAGCAGAGCCUAGCCUUGAUCAGACUGAUAACAGAACAUCAGCCACUACGGAGAUUAAAGGACCAGCUGUGGCAGUUGCAGCAGCCAGAGAAGUUCCUGAUAUACACGUGUCUAAGGAAGUCCAGAAAGAGUGGACUUGUGAUAUCUGUCAGUUAACCACUACAAGCGAAAAAACUAUGAAUAUACACCUUCAAGGGAAGAAACACAAGGCUACUUAUGAGGCGCUGAAAGCAAAGAACCAGCCAAACAUUGUCCCAGCUUCAACUGCAAAGAAAACUUGUCAGCCAAUUGAGAAGCCACAAACGAUAGAAUCCACAAAUGGAUUAAAAGGAAGCACUAUUACAAAUCAUGACGAAAAAGGGCAAGGCCAGUCAAAGAGUGUCUCGUCUUCAACUGCAAAGGAAUCUGAUCAUCCCACAAAAGAGGUGCCAGAAAAGAGUGUGUCAAACAUUGGAUUGAAACAGAAAAUUAUCCCUACUGACGAGGAAAAAACUCAAGGCCAGCAAAAGAAUGCGAAGACAGAAGCUAUUGGUGUGAAGCAUUCCAGUUUCAGGUGCGAAAUCUGCAAUAUAAGCUGUACUGGAGAUGUCAACUUUGCUUCUCACCUUAACGGGAAAAAGCACUUGGCUCGGGUUGUUGCAGUAGAUAAUAUGAUUGGACAGUCUGAUCCAUGAUGAUUCAUAUCACCUAGUUGGAAAAGCUAUUGUGGUUGUUGCAGUAAAUAUGAUGAACAUCUAAAGGUACUGGGAUUGAAAAUCUACGGUGUGUGUGUGUGUGUUUUAUUCUUGAAUUUUAGGUGAUUGCACCAGCAAAGUUGAGACACAGCUGAUAAAUUUUAUUUUGGAUUAUUUGAAUUGAUAUAUUUGCAUCAGUACACGGUACACCAAUACUGAAGUUUAUGUUUGGCCCCUUCAUGUAAUGUACCAAAAUCUGGAAAUAACAUCUGUGGUGGUGGCUAAAUAAGAGUACCAUUGUAGUUUCCUUGAGA